AACAAAAAGUCAUAUGCGUCGUUGAUGCGUCGUCAUUGAUCGAUUAAUUCAAUUGAAUCGAUGGUGACUGUGAUGAGUGAAUGAUAUUAUUUGCUUGCAAACCAUGAGUUCGUUUGUAUUCAUCAAUCAACACGAAAUCGAAUUCCAAAAUGAUGCUCAGCAACCACAAACAUUGACCAUAUUCAAUCCAUAUGAUUUUACCAUUACUUUUACUUUCAAAUCAACCCGUCCGGAUGCAUUCAUAUUGUCGGCAACACAUGGCGAUAUUCUCUCACGACAUUCUUUGGAUGUAUUAAUCACUUUGUUGGACAAAACGAUUGUCGAGGAAAAAUUUCUUAUCAAAAUCUAUUCAAAAGAGAAAAAAUUGGGUGAAAAAACUGUACGGGUAGCGUACAGGCCAGAUGACCAACAGCAAUCAGUGAUGAGCACCACCUCAAAAAGACUGAAAAAUGAUUACUUUCACGACUUGAAUGAACCGAAAUCGAUGACUUUCCGAAUGGAUGCCAAUCAACGCACACCUCACCAUCCGAAUCCAUCUUCCAAUCAAUAUCUGAUAUGGACUGCAUUGGCCAUUUGUCUGAUGAUAUUGCUGUUGCCUCACGAGCAAUCUCAAUAUAGCUAUCUACAAGUCGGAGUCAAUGUCAAGAUCUGCGCUGCAUAUGUCCUGGGCAUCGUCACCGUGCUGUUGAUUCGAAACUGACCAAAAAAUAAUGUAACACUAUUCUGUAAUUAUGUACAAAUUCCUUUCCACCAAACCAAUUUCUCUUUGCUUUUUUUCUGUCGAAUCGAAUAAAAUAAUUUACAAAUAUUUA